GCGAGUCUUCGAGAAAGAUAUUCAUCACGGCUUUCACCAUCUUUUCUCCUUCUCCACACCACAAACCAACGCUCACAAACACUUUCAACAUUCACAAGUCCCUUCCCACAUCCUACACAGCUCUCUCUCACGCCGCCUCUAUCCCGCACCGCAACCAUUCCCCCACGAUGCCAGCACCGUCCCGACCAACUCCGAAGUUCUCCUCACCCCAAACCGUCCUCCGCCAAACCCGCGGGAAAUUCCUCCCCCUCGCACUAGCAGGCUCCGGCUCCAGCGCAGACGUCUGGUUCUGCACUACUUCCUCUCCCAACCCUCUCACCUCCCCGCCCACCCAACUCUACGCCCUCAAACUCCCCUCCCGCACGAAGCAAGACCGCCUAACCCGCGAACUCCGCGCUCUCCGCCUCAUCGCCUCGACCGCCAGUCCCCUCUCACCCCACUUCCCCCGCGUCCUCGCGGCAGACCACCCGCCCGCGCCCUUUGCCGAAUGCCGCUGGCUCGCGACCCGCGCCGUGCUCGGCUGCACGCUGCACGCCCUGCUCUCCGCAUCGAAGCCGCACCCGCUACCCAGACACCUCGUGCUGCACAUCGCGCUGCAGCUCAGCGCCGCGCUGUCUUAUCUGCACAGCAUGACUCCGCCGCUGCUCCACGGCGACCUGUUCGAAGGAAACGUCAUGCUCGACAUGACGUGGCAGCGAAGAAACGACCAAGGCUUUCCGCACGUCGUUAUUAUCGACUUCGGCGCCGCGCGCUUCGACGACGACGGCGUGGAUGCGCGCGCGUUGGCGUGGGAGCGGACGUGCGUGUACCGGUUGGCGGCGCGGCUGGCGCUGUUCCGACGGGGGAGCGCGGGAAGAAGGACGGAGGAAGAGGGGAGGAGAUGCGGCUGGUGGUGGGAAUUCGUGCGUGUUGUGGCGGAGCCGCGGGCGGAUUCGGGGCCUGGGGAGGUAAUGGGGCUCGAUGCGUUUUGUGAGCGGUUUGCGGGGGCUGAGGGCGUGCUCGCUGGGGGAUCGCGUGGCGUGGGGGUGAGUAGGGCGAGAGGUUGA